GGCGAGGCGGUGGCUGGACGCGCAGCGGCCCAAGAUGGACGCGCCGGCGCGGCUCGCCGCUGCGGCCCCGGCCCCACGCGGACCCCAGCUCGGCGGCGGCCCCGGCCGGACCCGCAGAACCCCGGGCUCAGCGCACCGCCGGCUGCUGCUGCUGCGGGACCCAGAGGACGGCGCGCAGGGGGCGCGGCGCGGGGAGGCCCGGCCGGCGGGCCCCGGCGGCGGCGACUCCUUCGUGGUGCUGCUGGAAGUGGCGCGCGGCGCGGCCGAAGCCCCGGGGCGGCGGGAGACCGAGCCCCAGCCCGGCGCCGCCGCGAGCCCGGCCGGCCGCCCUGCGCAGGUCCCCGGCGCCGCGCCUCUCGUGGGCCCCCGGGUCGCCGGAGGCCAGGACCUGCUGGUGCACCUGGAGCGUGGCGUCCUCGCGCUGGCCGCGCCGUCCCGGCGUCCGCCGCCCGGCCAGGAGGCCGCCAGCCCGGCAGGGGCCCGCCGCGCGUCCGCCGGCCCCGGCUACCGCUGCCCCGAGCCGCAGUGCGCGCUCGCCUUCGCCAAGAAGCACCAGCUCCAGGUGCACCUGCUGACGCACGGCGGCGGCCAGGGCCGGCGGCCCUUCAAGUGCCCGCUGGACGGCUGCGGCUGGGCCUUCACCACGUCGUACAAGCUCAAGCGGCAUUUGCAGUCGCACGACAAGCUGCGGCCUUUCGGCUGCCCGGUGGGCGGCUGCGGCAAGAAGUUCACCACCGUGUACAACCUCAGGGCGCACAUGAAGGGCCACGAGCAGGAGAGCCUGUUUAAGUGCGAGGUGUGCGCCGAGCGCUUCCCCACGCACGCCAAGCUCAGCUCGCACCAGCGCAGCCACUUCGAGCCCGAGCGGCCCUACAAGUGCGACUUUCCCGGCUGUGAGAAGACGUUCAUCACAGUGAGCGCUCUGUUCUCCCAUAACCGGGCCCACUUCAGGGAACAGGAACUCUUUUCUUGCUCCUUCCCUGGAUGCAGCAAACAGUAUGACAAAGCCUGUCGUCUGAAGAUCCACCUGAGAAGCCAUACAGGCGAAAGACCUUUUAUCUGUGAUUCUGACAGCUGUGGCUGGACCUUUACCAGCAUGUCUAAACUCCUGAGGCACAAAAGGAAGCACGACGAGGACCGCCGCUUCCCCUGCCCCGUCGAGGGCUGCGGGAAGUCGUUCACCAGGGCCGAGCACCUCAAGGGCCACAGCGUCACCCACCUGGGCACCAAGCCCUUCGCGUGUCCCGUGGAAGGGUGCUGUGCCAGGUUCUCCGCACGGAGCAGCCUCUACAUUCACUCCAAGAAGCACCUGCAGGACGUGGCCGCUGCGAAGAGCAGGUGUCCGGUGUCCAGCUGCCACAGGCUCUUUGCCUCCAAGCACAGCGUGAAGGCCCACGUGAUCAGGCAGCACCACCGGCACCCAGACGUCUUCCCUCCGCUGGGAGCUCCAAGCGCGCUCGCGCCCAGCAGCGACCUCAGCAGCCCCGGCCAGAGUGAGUUCAGCAGUGUGGACCUGGCGGUCCUUUUCUCCGACACGCCUGGCGACAGCGGUGGUGCCCCCAGGACCUCCGACGAGGCGCUCCGCACUGGGAUCCUGACUGUCGACGUGACUUCUGUGAGCGCCUCUCUCGGGGGGGGCCUCCCUGCCAGUCAGGCUGCCUCAGGGCCCAUGGGCCCCCUGGUCUUGGUGGCCCACAGUGACGUCCCACUGGGCCCGGGCAGGCCCCUCGUCCUCGGGACGGCAGCCACGGUUCUCCAGCAGGGCAGCCUCGCUGCAGGUGACGUGCAGGCCGUGGACCCAGGGGCUCUGGGCUGUCUGGUGGCUCUGCCCGUGAAGAGCUUGAGUCGGGACCCCCAGGCUUUGACCUCUGCGAGCGGCCCCCAGGGAGACAGCAGUGCCCCGGAGCAGCUGGUUCCCAUCAAAGUGGAGCCAGACUCGGCCCCCGAGCCCAACGCCGUCAGACAGCAGGCGUGGAGCGGAGGGGCGCCGCGGCCUGUGGAGUCCAGCCCUGCAGAGGAGCUCGGACCUCGGAAAGACGAGGGACUUGGUGCGGGGACCGGCGGCUUCUACUUGGUAUGA